GCUUUAAGCACCUUCAUCCCCAGCAGGCAGCAGGUAGGGUCAGGUGUUAGUCCUGCAGCUCACCACCUGCCCUGUGCCUGCGCUCCGCCGCUCCAAGGAGGAAUGGAUCUGAAAUUUGUCACUGCUUUGGUUGUUCUAGCACUCAUGGUUAGUCAGACAUCUGAGACUUUGUUUCCUGGGGCCUUUGACUGUUGCACGAAAAUUUCAGAUGAAAUUCCCAAAGGAAUUCUUAGAAGAGUACAGAGAUUUGACAUCCAGGAAGCUCAUGGCCCGUGUCACCUAGAGGCUAUUAUUCUCCACAUGAAAGGCAAAAAGUUCUGUGUGAAUCCAUGGAAUAGAAAAGUCAAAAAGAUGAUGAAGAAGAUGAAGCAGAGGAACAAAUUUCAUGUUAGAAAGCAGAGAAGGACCAGAAUUGCCAAACAGAGAGAACAGAAGCAGUAGCAAAAUGAAGCAAGACCCAUGAUGAAGAUACUGUGGCAUACAGUAUCUAUGGACACUACAGUAUCUAUACAACAAUACCGGCAAGCAUACCAGAUUUCACCAGUGAUGGAUGAUUGUAGCAUUAAAAUUACUUUUCAAAUCUCUAUGUGCUAGAGAAAGUAGAGGCAGAAAACAUCACCUGCACUCAGAAAGAUGCUGAUCAGAUUAUCAGACAAAUUAUAAGAUGUUCCUGGUAAUGUCUUGUAGCAAGUGCUCACUGUACCUCCUGGAUCUUUUGGCAGACUUAAAUCUUCCUCUCUCUCACCCUGCUUUUAUGGCAACCUCCCCUGUGAUUUGUUUUAACAUGCUGUUCGUUUUCAUUCCUCCAUUUUUUCACUGUCCUAUCCUUGGUCCUUAUUCUUCCCUGUCUGCAAUCAUCAUUCUCCUGUUGCCUGUUUACAUUCUUCCAGUCAUUAAUCUUUCUUUUUUCUUCAUCUUACUAAGUUUUAUGAACACUUUUUCAGAUACUUCCAGCUUGUUUGCCAAACCCAUGUCUUUUACCUGUUCUAAACAAGCUGUGCUCCCAGCUGUUACUAUCAUGAAAUAUAAUUUCAGUGAUAAUAUCCGAUUCUCUUCAUAGGACUCAAAGUGUGGCAUUCAGAGGUCUGCAAUAAAGAUAAUCUCUAAUGCUUUUGUUCA